AUGUUGCUGGUGGGCAUAUCCACAGAUGACACCAUCGAGGACGUUGCGAAGGGCUCGAACAAGGUCACCUCUCUGAAGCUGUUUGAGGAUGAAAGCGGAGUCCCGUGGAAAAAGAACAUUAAAGACGCCAAUGGCGAGAUUCUCUCGGUAUCGCAGUUCACGCUCUGCGCUAGGACGAAGAAGGGCACCAAACCCGACUUCCACUUAGCCCAAAGAGGUCACCUCGCCCAAGAAUUAUACGAGAGCUUCUUAAAGAGCCUGAGGGACAGUAUAGGCGUCGAAAAAGUGCAAGACGGCCAAUUCGGCGCCAUGAUGAGUUGUUCUCUCACCAAUGAGGGACCAGUCACCAUUCUUCUGGACACCAAGGAGUAA